AUGGAUGCCACCGCGUCUAUGAAAAUCCACGCCCUGACUGGGAUCCCUCCCAGCCAGAACUCAUACGUCAAAUCUUCUGUCACAAACGGCCAUUCCUCUGUUGAAGAACAUGGAAAGCUGUUUAUAUCUCAUUUUGAAGAGUCAGGACCGCCUGUGAAGCGGAUGCGCACCUCGGACGCUCCUCUUGCCGGAGCCCCGCUAUCCAUCCCCGUCGAGGAAACCAACCAUGCAGUGGCCCUUAAUGGCGGUCAUCAGGUGCCUAUCGCAAAUGGAGUUCAUGCUCUUAACGGCUCUUUUGGAGGGUCAUAUACCGGUGGAUACUUCAGCAACCCUAUCGCAUCUACCACGACGACUCCCUUAGAACAUUCCUUCGAGCCGAGCAAAUCCACAACACCCCCAACUACUCCCUCGCAGUAUCUACCCACACCGCCAGUGUCGACAGGAGUGAGCGUUCUGGAUAGUAAAAAGGUUGAUUUGACCAAAUGCCGUCCACGGUCAUCCAUCCCAGCGAAGCUGGCGCCGGCUGUCUAUGGCCAGCAGUGCGUGGCAGCCGCCUAUGCAUCUCGGCUCGAUCCGUAUGCACUGCACGAAAAGGAGCAGGUACUUCUGCAAGAUCGUCUUUGCCAUAUGCACGUUACCGUCUACCUUAACAUACGAAACGGCAUUUUGCGACUGUGGACUCGAAACCCCAUGGUCAGUGUCACCAGAGAAGAGGCACUGGGCUGUGCGAAGGACUAUCGGUGGAUGAAUCUGGCUGCUUUUGCAUACGAUUGGCUGGCACGCCAUGGGUACAUUAAUUUCGGCUGCGUCGAAGUUCCGAUUCCGCCAGUGACCCCCAGGCGUGGCAGGCGUAAGGAUGGGCCUGUCAUCGUUGUCGUUGGAGGUGGCGUGGGAGGUCUGGGAUGUGCACGGCAAUUAGAGGGCUUGCUCCGUCACUAUCGGGAUUCAGACACUGCUCCGCGCGUUGUUGUACUCGAGGGACGUCGGAGGAUCGGCGGGAGAAUAUAUUCACAUCCACUGCACAGUCUCCAGUCUAAUAUGCUUCCACCGGGACUUGUUCCCAAAGUGGAAAUGGGCGCCCAGAUCAUUGUUGGCUUCGAUCACGGCAAUCCGCUUGAUCAAAUCGUUCGUGGCCAAUUGGCUCUUCGCUAUCAUUUGUUACGCGAUAUCUCAACGAUUUACGAUAUUGAUGGCUCACCUGUGGAUGAAGUGCGGGAUUCGAUGGACGAAAAGUUGUACAACGACGUGCUUGAUAGGACUGGUUUCUAUCGCCACAACGCCCUAGUUAAGCCCACUGCCGAGGGCGAGCGCGAGUUGAUUGAUACCGGUCGUGAAACGACUAUGGAUGAUGGUCUUACUGUACGACAAUACGAAGAUGCGCGCGCGGCAGGAACCAUCGAUCUGCUUGUUCCCACAAAGCGCGUUCGUCGACGUCGGGGAGUGGGACACAAGACAGCAGAAAUCGAACCAAACGAUGUGGCAGCAGACCUUGUAGGUCCUUCAGAAGACCAUCCGGCUGGCUUGGCCUGCCAGGCCACAGGAUGGAAGCUGAAUCCAGGCUACUCUGCAACCGAUACGCUUGAGCUGGACUACAUUGCCAGCGAAUCACGCACUCAAACUCUUGGAGCCGUGAUGGACGAAGGUGUCAAGCAAUACCAGCGCAUGCUUCCCUUGACACCCAAGGAUAUGCGACUUUUGAACUGGCACUUUGCUAAUCUCGAGUACGCAAACGCCACAAACAUCAACAAACUGAGUCUCUCUGGUUGGGACCAGGAUAUUGGCAAUGAAUUUGAGGGCGAGCACUCAACAGUAAUUGGUGGCUAUCAGCAAUUGCCAUAUGGUUUGUAUUCAUUGCCCACCAAGUUGGACGUACGCACCAACAAGGUCGUAACCAACAUCUCCUAUGAUGCAAAGGGUUCUGCAAAGCACAAGGCCACCAUACACUGCGAAGACGGGGAGAAAUUCUUGGCAGAUCAUGUUGUGUACACUGGAUCUCUCGGCACCCUCAAGCAUCGCACCAUCAACUUUGACCCUCCUUUACCGGAAUGGAAAUUGGGAGCAAUCGACAGACUUGGGUUUGGUGUCAUGAACAAGGUUGUCCUCGUGUUUGACCAACCCUUUUGGGAUGUGCAACGGGAUAUGUUCGGUCUGCUUCGUGAACCGACAAUCCGCAACAGUAUGGCACAGGAGGACUAUGCAGCCAAUCGAGGCCGCUUCUAUCUGUUCUGGAAUUGCUUGAAGACCACUGGUCUACCCGUCCUGAUCGCACUCAUGGCUGGUGACGCCGCACACCAAGCAGAGAAUACACCCGACGACGAGAUCAUCAGUGAAGUCACCGCGCAACUCCGGAACGUCUUCAAGAACGCCGUCGUGCCAGAUCCUCUUGAGACCAUCAUUACUCGCUGGGCCUCAGACCGGUUCACGCGCGGCAGCUAUUCUUAUGUUGCCGCAGAGGCUCUUCCCGACGACUACAAUCUCAUGGCCCAAAAUGUAGGCAACCUUCACUUUGCUGGGGAAGCCACCUGCGGAACACAUCCAGCAACCGUGCAUGGCGCCUAUCUAUCCGGCCUCCGUGCAGCCUCGGAGGUAAUCGAGUCUAUCGUCGGGCCGAUCGAGAUCUCAGAACCUCUCGUCCCUGACAAGCCCUCGGGAAGCGCAGCGCAAACACCUACCGGCACCACCACAGCACAGAAACUUCCCGACCCUCCAUCUACAACAACCUCAACACCAAUAAACGCCACCACACCCGCACGUAAUCCCCACUUCAUGGAAAAACACCGCCGAGACACCUACGACCAAGCAAUGUGGACAGCCAUAUAUGCCGAAAUCGGCGCAGCACCAAUCCGGCCCCAAAAAGCCGGUCUAAACCCCUUCCUCCUGUACCAGAAAGACUACUGGGCCAAAUGCCGCGAACAGUGCGACGAAGCGCGGCGCGCAUCGUCCAAAAACCCCAAUGCCAAAGCUGCACGCGACGAGAUCCGCGCUGCACUCGGCCAGAUGUGGCGCAAGGCACCGGCAGCCGAGAAGCAACCGUACGUGGAUCAGGUGGAUAGGAAUCGGCGCACGAAUGAUGAGCAAUGGGAGCAGUGGAAAACGGUUGUUACGGAGUGGGAGCGGAGAUCGUAUGAGGUGAAGGAUCAGUGGUGUGCGCAGAAUCCCUUUGAGCAGUGGGAGGCACCGCAGUCUGGGUCGGACUAG